AUGCCUUUUGUGACUGAUGCCGAUUACCGCCAGCCAGAUGCUCUUAUUCGGAGUAUUCUGCAACAGGACAAGUCCAUGCCAAUUGCUAUUGUGGGCAUGGCUUGUCGCUUUCCCGGAGAUGCUACCAACCCUGAUAAGCUCUGGAAACUAGUUGCUGAGAAGCAAGCAGCUUGGAGUGAGAUCCCUAAGGAUCGAAUGAACGUUGAUGCUUUUUAUCAUCCAGAUGCCGAACGAGCUGGAAAUAUGAAUGCUCGAGGAGGGCAUUUCCUGAAACAGGGCCUUGGGGCUUUCGAUGCCUCGUUCUUUUCAAUUUCGCCCACUGAAGCGAAAAGUAUGGACCCGCAGCAGCGAAUCCUCCUAGAAACUGUCUACGAGGCUAUGGAAAGUGGCGGUAUGACACUUGAGGCUGUCGCAAACACCAUGACAAGUUGCUACGUGGGCUGCUUCUCACACGAUUACUAUGAUAUGGGCGACCGCGACGCGGAGAUUGCACCAAUUCAUUCUUCCACUGGUAACUCAUCAUCGAUCUUAUCCAACCGUAUCAGUUACUUCUACAACCUCAAAGGUCCGAGUUUGACCAUGGAUACCGCUUGCAGCAGUGGUUUAAUUGCUAUGCAUCUGGCGUGUCAAAGUCUGCGUGCUGGUGAAAGCAAACAGGCCGUGGUCGGCGCCACCAACCUCAUGUUUAUGCCGGAUGUAUUUUCGACCAUGUCGAAUCUACAUUUCCUCAGUCCCGACUCAAUCUGUUACAGCUAUGACAACCGUGCCAAUGGCUAUUCUCGGGGUGAGGCAGUUACUGCUGUGAUCCUCAAGCCACUUGAAGACGCGAUUCGUGAUAAUGACUCCAUUCGUGCGGUGGUGCGGAGCAGCGCCUGCAACCAGGAUGGAAGGACUUUCGGUAUUACUCAGCCAUCGCCAGAUGCUCAACAGGAACUUAUCCGAACGGCAUACCGUGAUGCUGGUCUUGAAUUUGACCAAACCGAUUAUUUUGAAGCCCAUGGCACAGGAACCCAGGCUGGUGACCCUAUUGAGUCCAGCGCUAUAGGCGCUACACUUGGGAAGAGCCGUCCUCUGGAUGAGAAUGGAAAGAAGAUGCCCUUGUACGUUGGCAGUGUGAAGACCAACAUUGGCCAUACAGAGGGUGCUAGUGGUCUUGCUGGUCUUAUCAAAGCUGUCAUUGCUCUUGAGAGAGGUGUAAUUCCUCCCAAUAUCCGAUUUGAAUCGCCUAAUCCCAAGAUUGACUUUGAAGCAUGGAAUCUUGAGGUCCCUACGGAAGUGAUGCCUUGGCCUCGUGAAGGCCAACGUCGUGCAAGUGUAAACUCAUUCGGCUUCGGUGGAUCCAACAGUCAUGUUAUUAUUGACGAUGCUUAUCAUUACCUCCUCAGCCGUGGCCUACGAGCUGGUCACCGAACCUCCCCGAAGACUAUUCUGGAUGUCAAUCGUACUAUCCCCAGCGGCAAUGAGAGCCAGGGAGCUCUCACGCUCCGAGGAAAUGGAUUCAUUAGCAAGAAAAGCAGAUUCAAUAGCGGCUAUUCCGAAAGUCUCACCAGCCACGUCAUUGAAGCAAAUGACCGCUACCGCAUCUUCAUGUGGUCAACUCAUGAAGAGAGCAUCGGAGCCCUGAACAAUACUGCUUACGCCGAGCACCUUACUGAACGUCAGAUCACUGACGAAGAAGCUUUUCUGGAUAACCUGGCUUACACCCAAUGUGUCCGCCGAUCCUUACUGGAAUGGCGAUCAUUCCUCGUCGCAAAAUCCAUAUCUGAUUUGAAAGACAAGAUCCUGAACACUCACCAAAAGCCUGUCCGAGCGCCGACGAAAGCUCAAAAGCUGGGAUUUGUUUUCACCGGCCAAGGAGCCCAGUGGUAUGCUAUGGGUCGUGAGCUCAGUCGAUACUCUAUUUUCCAUUCCCGCAUCUUGGAAUCAGAUCUGUUCAUCACAAAGCUGGGUGCCGAAUGGUCAGCGAUAGAGGAGCUAGAGAAAAGCGAGAAGGAUUCACGAAUCAACGAAUCUCUCUUUAGCCAGACUCUCUGCACGGUCAUUCAGAUGGCUCUAGUCGAUCUCCUUGCUAGCUGGGGUAUCCGCCCUCACAAAGUCAUUGGGCAUUCUAGUGGUGAGAUUGCCGCGGCUUAUGCUGCUGGUAUCUUACCAGCGGAGUCAGCUAUUAAGGCUGCAUACUUCCGUGGUGUGUACUCUGGUGCGAAGCGACUGCUGUCCGCCAAUGGAGGCAUGAUGGCCGUCGGACUUUCGGAGGAGGAGGCCGAGAAGAAGAUUGCCGCACUAGACCCAGCCAUUGGAAAGGCAGUUGUGGCCUGUGUCAAUAGUCCCACCAGUGUCACAAUCUCUGGCGAUCGCCCCGCGCUUGACAGUCUUGGUCAGUCGCUACAAGACGAGGGAAUCUUCGCCCGGCUCCUCAAGGUCAGCACCGCGUACCACUCACACCACAUGGACAUGGCCGCUGACGACUAUGCGCGAUCCAUUGCUGAUAUGGAAGUUAACCCUGUCUCCGACGUCGAGAUGUUUUCUACUGUUACUGGAGCGCUUGUAACGGCGACUGAUGUCCUGGGACCUGAGUACUGGCGCAAGAAUAUGGUGUCUUGCGUUCGUUUCAACGAUGGUCUGCAGUCCCUAUGUACAUCCCAGCCCAGUGGUAAGAGAGCACGCCGUCGUGCUGGGGUGACCGUCGACAUACUUAUGGAGGUUGGUCCUCACGCCGCUCUCGCUGGCCCCGUCAAGCAAAUCCUCCGUGUCCCUGCGCUGGAAAAGGCUGAGAUCAGUUACCUGUCAGUUCUUUCGCGCGGACAAGAUGCCUGUGAGACUGCCCUACAAGGCGCUGCAUUUCUCUUUUCCAAGGGUGUACCCGUAAAGCUAUCCAAGAUCAAUGAUCCAGACGACGUUGUAAAGCCCCAGGUGAUUGUCGACCUCCCCGCUUAUUUCUGGAAUCAUCGCAAGCGACACUGGCAUGAAUCUCGUCUGGCUUUAGAGCACCGAUUCCGUCGUCACGCACGAACAGAUUUGCUUGGAUACCCCGUGAGCGAUUGGAACCCCAUGGAGCCGCGUUGGAGGAACUUGCUUAGGCUCCGCGAGCAACCUUGGAUCAAGGGUCAUUAUGUCCAGGGCUCUUACAUAUACCCAGGAAUGGGCUAUAUUUGCAUGGCCAUCGAGGCAAUGCAUCACAUGAAGGACUUUCCCGAGUACAUUACCCCGGCCGGAGAGUUGGUUGGAUACCGCCUGAAGGACAUUAAGAUCAGCCGCGCAUUGGUGAUUCCAUCCAACGAUGAGAUGGUAGAGACACUAUUCUCCAUGCGUCACUAUAAAGAAAGUAGCUCAACUUUCUCCGAUGUUUGGUAUGAGUUCCGCAUCUUCUCAUACAACUCUGGGACCUGGCUAGAGCAUGCCCAUGGGCUGAUUUCUGCUGUUCACGAAAUCAACACGGCUGCACCAACAAACAACUUGCCCUACCUUCCAAGCUUGGAGAAAGUCAUGGCCUCGACCAACUUUUCAGGAUCUCGCUCGGCCGGGAAUAUGUACAACCUAAUGGCUGAAGUUGGACUGAACUUUGAACACCCUUUCCGGAACAUGACUGGCGAGCUCAAGUCCAACCCCGGCGAGGCUCAGGGUGUCGUCACGGUACCCAAUACCAAGGAGUUGAUGCCUUACAAUUUUGAGUACCCUCACCUCAUUCAUCCUGCUACUAUGGAUGCUUUUGUUCAAAUGAUGUUCCCGGCUUUCUUACAUGGAAAGAAUGCCUGUCCAGCUGCCUUUGUCCCCGUGUCUUUCGAAGAGGUUUUCGUCUCAACUGACAUUGCUCGCCGACCUGGAAAUACUUUCAAAUGUGCUACUACUGCGGUUCCCAAUGGUCUUCGAGAAUUGAAGACCGAGGUGCUAGUUACCGACGAGACUACCGGUAAACCAGUCGCUGGGUACAAAGGCAUGGGUUGCAGCAGACUCGAUGCCGCAUCUGCCGAAAGUCAGGAUGAAAAUGCUUCACUUCGUAAGCUGUGCUUCCACUCCACUUGGCAGCCUGAUCCUACUUUGAUGCCGCGGGAAUUUGCCGACCACAUGAUGUGCGAAAUUCUUCCUCGUGUUGAGGACUCAUCUCGUGUCUCUAACCUGGAAGCUAUUGCCUACUACUUCUACCAUAGGGCUCUCCAAAAUAUCCGUGAAGAGCAGGUAUCCACCAUGAGACCUCACUUCCGCAUGUUCUACGAUUAUCUGCAGUACCAACGUGAUUUGGUGAUGGCUCACCAGCUCCCCCACCAGACUGCCGAAUGGCAACAACUCGACGACCCUCUCAUUGCAGCAAAGAUGGAGGCACUUGUUGAACGUCUGCAGCCAACUGAUGUGGACUCCGAGAUCCUUUGCCGCGUUGGACGGCAGCUGGAUAAGAUCUUGUUGAGUGAAGCUGACCCACUGGCUAUCAUGUUAGAAGAUGACCGGCUGUAUCAGUACUACGGGCGCAUGAUCCCAACGACCACUCUUCACCAGUAUGCCACACUGCUCUCCAAUAAGAAUCCCAACAUGGAAGUUCUAGAGAUAGGUGCAGGUACUGGUGGUGCCACAGAGAGUAUCCUGGAGGCCAUGGGAGGCAACCAUGGUCGCUACCCUCGGUUCAAAUCGUACACCUUCACCGAUAUCUCGUCAGGGUUCUUUGAACAAGCUCAGGCAAAGUUCAAAGACUGGGAAGGCUUGAUCGACUUCCGUCGUCUCAACAUCGAAGAGGACCCUGUUGAGCAAGGCUUCGAGAAGCAGUACGACCUGGUCGUUGCAGCCCUUGUCCUCCAUGCUACUGCAAACAUUGACAAGACGAUCGAGAACACUCGCAAGCUCAUGAAGCCAGGUGGUCGCCUUAUCAUGGUCGAGAUCUCCAACCCACUGAACCAAGUUUUCCUGCCUUUCGGCUGCACUGCUGGCUGGUGGAUGUCAGAAGAACCCUACCGCAAAUGGGGCCCCACCAUGAACGAGGACAUGUGGCGAGAGGUUUUGAGGCGUCACGGAUUCGGCGAUUUUGCUUUAGGAGCUCCAAACAAUUUGGAUGCCAAGGACGAAAUAGGCCGUGUGUGGUCAUGCGUCGCCGUUGACCCUGCGGUUAAGGAAAUGCAAGACCAGGAAGUCACCUCAGUGAUCAUUAUAACUGAUGAUGUUGUCUCCGACUCAUCUGAGGUACUGAGGAAGACGAUUGAGCGCGGUGUAAAUGAGAUUGGUCUUGCUGUACAAACAGUCCCGCUCUCUCGCAUUGCGAAAACCCCCCUUGAGAAUACAUUCUGCGUCUCAAUUGCCGAGCUCGAUCGCCCUAUCAUUUGUGAUCUGAGUCAAUCUGAAUUUGAUUCAUUGCAGCACCUGCGGACAGGCAAAGCCCUGCUGUGGAUCUCUGAAGGAGCGAGUGGUACUUCUAAAAAUCCUGACCGUGCGCUUUUCCAUGGACUUGCACGUACCCUGCGUACCGAGAAUGAGAGUCACAAGUUGAUCACCGCCGAUUUCGCAACGAUUGACCGCCAGGAGCCUGAGGUUGCUGCGAACCAUGUGAUCUGUUUAUUCGAGUUUUUAUUGAGGGAUCCUGACUCUCGGGAAUGCGAGUUUUGGUUCGAGCAUGGCUGCUGGCAGAUUAACCGUGUCAUUGGAGUGCCGGAAGUCAAUCGUGUGAUUCAUGACAGUGUCUGGGGAGAUGCAGCGCAGCACCAGAAAAUCGAGAAACAGCCUUUCUAUCAGACGGGUCGGCCAUUGAAGCUCAAUAUCAAGACUCCCGGUCUGCUCGAUACCUUGGUGUUUGAGGAUGACGCCCGCCUGGCUGAGCCUCUGGCUCCUCACGAUGCAGAGGUAGAGGUCAAGGCAUCAGGUGUCAACUUCCGAGAUAUCAUGAUCAGCACAGGCCAAAUGCCUGACACUGCAUUGGGCUUUGAAUGCUCAGGUAUCGUCACUCGCAUGGGUUGUGAUGUCGAGAACGUCAAAGUUGGCGAUCGAGUCACCGUCUGGAGUCGCAACACUUACUGUAACUAUCUGCGCAACGAUGCCCGAGUGAUGCAACGUAUCCCAGACGAUAUGAGUUUCGAGGUUGCUGCUGCUAUCCCCAUUGUCUUUGCCACCGUUGUAUACGGAUUUUCAGACAUGGCUCGCCUAUCCAAGGGCGAGUCGGUGCUUAUUCAUGCAGCUAGUGGUGGUGUCGGCCAAGCGGCCAUAAUGUAUGCCCAAAUGCUCGGUGCAGAUGUCUUCGUCACCGUGGGGACUCAGGCUAAACGAGACCUUGUGCGUCGCGAGUUCGGUAUCCCUGAGGACCGGAUCUUCAACAGCCGUGACCUCAGCUUUGCGCGCCAGAUCAAGGAGGCGACAGGUGGACGUGGUGUUGAUGUUGUACUGAACAGUCUGGCCGGUGAGGCUCUCAGUUCCACUUGGAGCUGUAUCGCUAUGUUCGGUCGCUUCAUUGAGAUUGGCAAAAAAGACAUCAUUGAGAACCGUCUUUUGGACAUGGCUCCGUUCGUUCGCAAUGUUAGUUUCCAUGCACUUGAUUUGAACACAGUGCGCUGGUGCAAUGUUCCCCUUGCAUCCAGACUCCUGGCUGAGGCUAUGGACUUGAUUCGAUCCAAGAAACUGCGCCCGAUUAAAGCGGUGAAGACCUUCACUUUCUCCCAGAUCGAAGAGGCAUUCCGUUUUAUGCAAGCCGGUAAACAUGUUGGAAAGGUCGUUGCGGUGCCGAAUGAGAAUGACAUUGUCCCGGCCUAUCCCGUGGCUACCCCGCCUCUCGCUCUGUCCCCAGAUGCGUCAUAUCUGAUUGCUGGAUUCGGAGGUCUUGGCCAAAGUCUUGCCCGCUGGUUGGCUGAGCACGGCGCCAAAAACCUGAUUUUUGCCUCCAGAUCCGGAGCCAAGCGACCCGCCAUGAAACAGCUUAUCAAGGAGCUUGAGGAGCUCGAUGUACGCGUUGAACCUCUUUCCGUGGAUGUGACUGAUGGCCAGGCCCUGAAGUCGGAGCUACAGCGGGUCGCUGCCUUCAUGCCACCAAUUCGUGGUAUGAUCCAAGCUGCCAUGGUCUUGGACGAUCAGAUUUUCGAAAACAUGUCGCUAGAAAGCUUCAACCGUGCUGUCCGCCCCAAGGUUGACGGUACCUGGAAUCUCCACGAAGCCACAAUCGGUCAGCCACUGGACUUCUUUGUGAUCCUCUCCUCUGCGGUUGGAGUCCUUGGCAACCCUGGCCAAGCAAACUAUGGCGCUGGCAACACUUACCAGGAUGCUUUGGCAAGCUACCUGCGGUCGAUUGGGCGGCCCGCCACCGCUAUUGAUCUGGGUCUCAUGAUUGAUGUUGGUGCAGUAGCCGAGGAAGAAAGCGGAGUGAAAUUGCGCAACCUGAAGCGAAAGGGCUACGUCGGUGUCACCGAAGCCGAACUACUUGCCAGUAUGGGGUUGAUUAUCCAGGGUGCGCAGAAAGAGCAUACGUCGGUUAUCAUUGCUGGCAUUGAUGCUAGCGAAGGUGGGAGCGAGGUCUCUUGGAUGUCGAGCCCGAUAUUCUCGCAUCUGUCCAAGCUGGACAUGUUGACCUCCGGCAGCUCGAAAGAUCAAACUACGAGAUCUACACUUUCUCUGUUGAAGGAGGUUGACAGCUUUACUGAUGCUUCUGCCAUAGUUCUGGAAGCUAUCCGGGCGAAGCUCAGCCGCAACCUGAUGAUUGAUAUAGCUGAGUUGGAUCCUCACAGACCGACCAGCGCCUUUGGUAUCGACAGUCUUAUUGCUGUGGAAUUACGCAACUGGUUCCAAAAGGAUAUGAAGGUGGACUUCCCUGUAUUUGAAAUCUUGCAAGCAUCUAGCUUGCAGAGCCUUGCCUUCAAGGUUGCCGAACGAAGUGGUUUCGUUGAUGGAUCGAAGGAAUAA